UUAAAAGUGCUCAACAAAUAUCAGAUCUUACUACUGUGGGAAGAAUCUAGUUGCGUUAAAAGAUCAGCACUACAAUUGACAGUACAUUGUGGUGAACGCCCUUCCCUGUCUUCUCAGGCCUUGACAACCAUGAAGCUUUUCAUCUUUACCUGCCUCGUGGCAGUUGCUCUUGCCAAGCCUAAUCUUCCUCUAAGACACUCAGAACUCAUUCAAAAUGAACAAGACAGCGUAGAGGAAGUCCUCAAAGAAAGAAAGGUUUUCAAGUUUGCUCUGCCUAUAACAAGAAAGAUAAGAGAGGAAUAUAUCAAUGAACUGAACAAGAGAGAGCUGCUGACAGAAAACCAAAGUGAUGAACUCAAGCAAAAAAUAGCUAGCAGCAGUUCUUCAAGUGAGGAAGUUGGUCCCGCUAGCAAUGAGCAGAAACACAUUCCAAGCGAAGAUGUACUCAACCAACGCUAUGUGGAACAGCUGAACAAAUACAACCAACUCCAGCUGGAAGCUGUCCAUGACCAGAAAUAUAUCCCAACAGAGAAACUGUGGUACUACCCACAUCUGGAACAAGUUCCCAGGGCAAAUGAAUACAACCGCAUCCAAUUGAGAGAGCCUAUAGUGAGUCAGGAACAGGCCUACUUCUACCUUGAGCCUUUCCAACAGCGUGGUGCCUAUCCUUAUGCUGCUUGGUAUUAUCCUUCACAAAUCAUGCAGUAUAUUCCUUACUCACCAUUCUACGACAUCAAUAAACCCAUCGCCUCUGAGAACGAUGAAAAAACUGACAUUAUGCCAGAGUGGUGAAAAAUUAAGUGAAUUCUCAGGAACUUCACAAUUAUGGCCCUUGAUGUGACUGAAAAUUUCAUUCUCUAAAUUUCUCCUGUCUACUAUGUAAAACCUUCCUACCCAAAGGCACUGACUGCUAUUUUAGAAUAACAGAACACUCCUAAAUUGAAGGCAAUUUUUCUACUUGAGUUCUUCACUGUCCAUUACAUAGCAUGUCAUUAUUUUCCUUAAGCUAAAUUUUCCUAACAAUUCAUUGUCUGCAUUCCAGUUGUAUCAUGCCAGUAUGAAGGCCACUGACUCAGAGGGUAUUAAAGUCUUUACUAAAUUUCUAUUAAGGAAAUUUUGUUCAAAAUAUCUUUAAAUUGCUUCUUCUGUAAGUGCCAUCAUUUCAAAUAAUU